AUGUUACUAUUGUUUAAUUAUACCGUACAUACAUUUAACCCCACUAUUUUGGCUGCAGCUCAGGCAGUCAGUAAGCCAGCUCAACAAGGGCGGACCACAGCCCCCUGGUGGACAGCAGACUGCCGAAGAGCACACCGAGAGCUCACCACUCACCAGACAGAGGCCGCGAAGCACCAGUUCAAGGAUGCAGUGCGCAAGGCCAAGCGUGCAUACUGGAGGCAGGUGAUCAAUGAGGCCAGAGAUGGUAGAGACCUGUACCGGGUGGUGGCAUGGCAUAAGCUGGAACCCAACCUCAGAGUACCCCCUCUGGUGAUUGGGGAUCAGGUCAUAGAAGAGACAGCCGCCAAAGCUGAGGCACUUCAACAAGCAAUUCUGAAGCGAUACAACUCAGCUGAUGAUCUGGAGUAUGACCCACUGGAUGAUGAGCACUGGAGCGGCAUGGGGAACCUGCCCUGGAACCCCCGGAUUGAGAUGGAGGAGAUGGAGCGCAACACCAUUGGGGUACAGAGCACCUCCCCAGGCACGGAUGGAAUCACAGUGCAGAUGCUCAAAGCAUGCUGA